CGCGGGACGCAGCGAUGGCCACCACCGGGGCCCUGGGCAACUACUACGUGGACUCGUUCCUACUGGGCGCCGACGCUGCGGACGAGCUGGGCGCGGGCCGCUACGCGCCCGGGGCCCUGGGUCAGCCUCCCCGGCAGGCGACCGCGCUGGCGGAGCACCCCGACUUCAGCCCGUGCAGCUUCCAGUCCAAGGCGGCGGUGUUCGGCGCCUCGUGGAACCCGGUGCACGCGGCGGGCGCCAACGCGGUGCCCGCCGCGGUGUAUCACCACCACCACCACCACCCCUACGUGCACCCCCAGGCGCCCGUGGCGGCGGCGGCGCCGGACGGCAGGUACAUGCGCUCCUGGCUGGAGCCCACGCCCGGCGCGCUCUCCUUCGCGGGCUUGCCCUCCAGCCGGCCUUACGGCAUUAAACCUGAACCACUGUCCGCCAGAAGGGGUGACUGUCCCACGCUUGACACUCACACUUUGUCCCUGACUGACUAUGCUUGUGGUUCUCCUCCAGUUGAUAGAGAAAAACAGCCCAGUGAAGUCGCCUUCUCCGAAAACAAUGCUGAGAAUGAGAGCGGCGGAGACAAGCCCCCCAUCGAUCCCAGCAACCCGGCCGCCAACUGGCUCCACGCACGCUCCACGCGCAAGAAGCGCUGUCCCUACACCAAGCACCAGACGCUGGAGCUGGAGAAGGAGUUUCUGUUCAACAUGUACCUCACCAGGGACCGCAGGUACGAGGUGGCCCGGCUGCUCAACCUCACCGAGAGGCAGGUCAAGAUCUGGUUCCAGAACCGCAGGAUGAAAAUGAAGAAAAUCAACAAGGACCGAGCGAAAGACGAGUGAUUCGACUGGAGUUCCUUUGGAGAAGAGAGCGCGAGCUAGAGAGAAAGAGAAAGGACUGCCCGUCCAUCCCCUUCUCCCACCCCCGGUCCACACCAGCCCCCGCCCCCCAAAGCGCACAAAGCGGCUCUAAACUCCAGGCCUCCUCUCCCCCCCGGCAAACCCUGCUCAGGCUGGCUCCUCGGCCCGCCGCUUUGAUGGAGGAGGUAUUGUAAGCUUUCCAUUUUCUAUAAGAUGAAGAAAAAAAAAACACCACAAAAAACAAAGGUGAGGGACAUUAGUGCUGACGGCUGUGUGUGCUAGCUUGUAUAUAUAUUUUUAAAAAUCUACCUGUUCCUGACUUCAGACAAACAAAAAAUAACUACCUUUUUGUAAUGCACAACUGUUGAUGGCGAGCUGUAUAGUUUUUAGUCUGUGUAGUUAAUUUAAUUUGCUCUUUGUGCGGCGGAGCGAUCUGCCCGGAUACUUGAACACUGUGUUUUAUUGUGGUAAUUAUGUUUUGUGACUCAAACUUCUGUGCUGGGUGACGCACCCGUAGUGAUUGUGAAAGCUAGAAAAUUCAAUUUCAACUCAGGUUGUUGAAUGAGGGAGAAAAACAGUUGCAUAGAGUAUAGCUCUCGGUAGUGGAUUAUGUCUUCUGUAUAACUUCGCUGUUAAUCUUUGAUCGUAAGCUAGCUGUGAGGAUUUCCCAGUGAAAUAAAAUUUUGAAAGAAAGAAAGAAACGGUUCUCCAGGAUGCAUAGAUUCAUGGGUUUUCUCCUCUUUUGAAAUGCGGGCAUUCUAGUCUCUACAUGCGCUAUCGACCUGUCUUAUCCAUUGUAUAUAUAAUCCACAUAUGAAAGAAAAAUUAAUCAGACAAGCUUGAAUAUUGUUUUUGCACCGGAUGAAUAUUGGAGGAAAUUCGGAGCUAUACAUAUGUGCAGAAGGUUACUACCUAUGGUUUACAUUUAAUUUUAAUCGGGGGGAAAAAUGAAUGCUUAUUGUAAUGGAGUUAACUUUAUUGAUAAUAAAUUAUACACUAUGGAACCGCCAUUGGGCUACUGUAGAUUUGUAUCCUUGUUGAACCUGGGGUCUCCAUCGGGCUGAACAUACACUGUAUAUUUUGCAAUAGUUACCUCAAGGCCUACUGACCAAAUUGUUGUGUUGAGAUAUUUAACUUUUUGCCAAAUAAAAUAUAUUGAUUCUUUUCUA